UUGGCAUGCAUUUCUCUGAGAAAAUAUAAAGCAAAGAAGAAGAAACGCUAGAAAAUUUCCAGGUCAUUGAAGAAGAUGGGGGUCACAAAGGAGCAACUCGAAUCUACUUUAACCUCUAAGUUGAAUCCUCAGCAUCUGGAGGUAACUGAUACAUCUGGAGGAUGCGGGGCGAGUUUCAUAGUUGACAUUGUCUCGGAACAAUUUGAAGGGAAAAGGUUGCUUGAGCGACAUCGGUUGGUGAAUGCUGCUCUGGAGGAAGAAAUGAAACAGAUUCAUGCUCUCUCCAUCAAGAAGGCUCUGACCCCACAACAAUGGAAGCAACAACAAGAAGAAUCUGAAAAAUCAAAACCUACAGUUUAGAGCAUGAUUUAUAAGUAAGAGCCAUUGAUGGUAGUAUAAAUAAAGCAGCAUACCAUGUAGCCACUACAGUAAUGGUGUAAUUCUGAUUCUGCUGUACUUGUGUAUGAAAAUUUUUUGAGCUUGUACCUUAUAUCUCUGCUUCAGAUAUACUUUUGAAAUAUUAAUCUAAACAUAACUCAACAAUUAUGGUAUCAAUAA